CCGGUGGAGGAGUCGUUUGGCUGUGGAGCGGCUCUGUCGUCUUUUCCUCCCCCCCAAAAAACUCAGCGGGCGAGUAGAAAAGGACAAAUGCUGGUUUUCGCCGCCGUUCAUCUUCGUGUCUUGGGAAGUUAUUUGCGGUGCAUGGAUAGAAGCUGCUGAUUGUGCUCGCCGUCGCUCAAGCGUAGCAGAGGGGAGAUCGGCUUCAAGGCAAGGAUUUAUUCCUCUCUGAAUUGCCUCUUCUCUGACCUGGGUGGCAAAGUAAUAAGGAACGUUGGGAUCAGAACUUCACGGAAUUGAGAUGCCAAUGAGGCAACUUGUCGGUCUGGAGAUCUACUAGAAGAUUGGCCCUCCUUGCCAGUAUGAAAGGCCUGGGGACCAGUCAUACCAGACAUCUGUCUGACUCCUGUGACCCUUCCUCUGGCCACUUGGAGGCUCUCUACGCACAGAAGACCGGCACCAUGCCUCGGAGUCCUUACCUGCUGAGCCCGACAAUGGACCCAUAUGGCAAUAUGGACCCCCAUCUUUACCCAUCGGCCAACUCAGGCUCCCUGCCACCAGAAUGCCUGCUGCCCCUCAACAACCAGCUGUCCAACAGCAGCACCUUCCCCAGGAUUCACUACAACUCCUACGACCCGUCGGACUUCUCCGCGCCUGUGGAGGGCAUUGGUGGAAUGAGAACUGGGACAUUGGGGGCGUCCAUGUCUAUGGGCAUGGGAUCGGGAAGGGGCAUGGCUGAGCUUAGUGGACGAACAUCCAUGAUUACAAGCGGCUCGGCCACUAUAUCACAUCACAUGACCAAGAACCAAACACCACACAGUCUUCUGGAGUUUGAGAAGCAGCUACCCGGCGGUCGGGAUGGCUUCAGCACCUUACAGUUCCAUCGAACGUCUGCGGCGGCCGCAGGCAAACAACGUACAGACAGUCCCGGUCGCAUCCGUUACAUGCUUCACUCGGUGCAGAAGCUCUUUGCAAAGUCCCAGUCGCUGGAAAGCCACCACAUGAAAGGAAACAUCAACGGACGCUCAACAAGUAGCGGCGGGGGUUCGUCGGGCACCGAUGACGGAGGGAAGCAGAACCGCAGAGCCAAAAGUAAAGAUCGCGGGACGAAAUCGGAAGCAGCCGCCAAGCGACGACCGCGCUCCAACAUGUCCGGUUACUGGAGCUCAGAUGAUUUGGACAGCAGUGACGUAAGCAGCUUCCACAACCCCAUGGCCAUGAUGACUGUGGGACGCUCCAGUGGCCACGAGAGCCAAGCGGGCCAGAACAAAUACAUUCAUAGCGGCUACAACACUAUCAGUUCAUCCAAAACCAGCAAUGACAUGAAGUAUCAGACGCUUGCUGCGCCUACGAGUGGAGGAGGAAACGGACUUGGAGGAGCACGGAACGUGCUGUUGAAUGAGAGCGACUACAUGAAAGGAGGCUCCUGGUCCGCACUGACCAUGGGCCAGCCAAGGCAAGUGAUCCAGAAGGGCUCAGCCACUCUCGAUAGGUCCUUGCUCAAGUCCAGGUCAUGCCAACAAGAACUGACCUGCAACUACCUGCAGGUCGGCCGAAGGGGAGACUGGAGCAGCUCAUUAGGCCGCAGCGGGGGCGCCAAUGAAAUUCCAUGUCGGCGCAUGCGCAGCGGAAGUUAUGUGAAAGCCAUGGCGGACAUCGAGGACAGCGAAGACUCGGAGGGGAGCCCCAAACCUUCGCCAAAGAGUGCCGCUCGCCGCCAGAGCUACCUCAGGGCCACGCAGCAUUCUCUGAGUGACCAGCUUCCCCCACGCAACUGUCUUCCAGCUCUCCGAGAGCUUGCCAAUAACCGCAGCUUGGACAACCUUGACUGCAUUGGGGGUACGGGCUCACCUGUGCCACACUGGGAUGAUGACGACUUCAGCCAUGCCUGCAGCACAUUGGGCAGACGAAGCCGGAUGGGGCAGCUGCGGGAGCUGGACAUGAGUCAUCAUUAUGAGGACCGUAGCUCUGACUCCACAUUCCGAGAUUCCCGUUCGCAUUCCCAGGACAACCCGGAGCCUCCAGACCUGCCCAUGCCCACUUGCUUCCGCUCGCGCAGCCACAGCUACCUGAGAGCCAUCCAGGCGGGUUGCUCUCAAGAUGACGACGUGGCUUCCAUAGACUCAGGCUCGCUUCCGCCAACUGACACCACUGUUCGUACCUACGGCACCAGCACUGACGGCCUUUCUACACAGUGGAAGACAUGGAAAGAACAGUUUGGCUCUUACCUGAUAGCCACUGGCUUGGACAAAGCUCCAAAGGAGAAACAACUUGCAAUUUUUCUGCAGCGUUUGGGGGCAGAAAGACCACGCAUCAUACCCACACACACAGUCUCAUGCAUCACCACCUCUAGGAAGACCGCUCCGCCGCCCGUGCCGCCCCGCACGACCUCCAAACCAUUCAUCUCCGUGACGGUACAGAGCAGCACCGAGUCGGCUCAAGACAAUUACCUGGAGCAAAGGUCAGAGGUCAACAGCCAGUCCAGCCACGCGCACAGCAACUCGUCCGACAGCCUCGAUAGCACUCGCGCCAACAGCCUGGCCCGGGGAUUACCUCGCCCUCCGCACAUCAUCCCUACUCCCAUCGCCGUCCCCCGGGAGCCGCUCAUCCCGAGCACGGCCAACGCUUCCACGGAAACCAGCGACUCAAGUUUAAUCCUGCAUGAGUCCAUGAGGUCGGGAUUGAAUCAUUCUGCCGACGAGCCUCUCGUGGUCCCCGUGCCUAGACGGAAACUCUCUUCGAUCGGCAUCCAGGUUGACUGUAUACAAGAAGUUCCGCAAGAGGAGAGCCCACCCCCAGCCAAGUUUCAGUCCAUCGGAGUACAGGUGGAGGACGGGUGGCAGCCUGGUCACCAUUCCAGCAUGGCCUCCAAACAGGACACAGAGUCAGAUAAACAGGACACCUCUGCUGUUCCCCACAUUAGUCAGGCCACACCCACUGACAAGAAAGUCAUGGUCAGUAGUGGCAGCCAAUCGUUGAGUUCCCCUCCUGAACAGGACUCCUUAGACAACGGCGACACCACGGGUGACGCUUCCUCCCCUCCGCCUCCCAGGCAGUUCCUCAACCGCUCCACCACACGAAGUAGCUCUUCCUCUUUCUCAGAAAGCCUCGACCCGGCCCUGGACCCCUCAUCCUUACCUCCCCCAGAUCCUUGGCUAGAGAGCGGGAAUGGGAGUAGCAGCAUUGCUCCCCAGAGUGUUAGUGGAGGGGGCACACUAUGUCGGAGGGAUGGCCACUGGUUCCUGAAGCUACUGCAGGCUGAAACGGGACGAAUGGAAGGGUGGUGCCAGCAGAUGGAUCAGGAAACCAAAGACAACCAACUCUCAGAUGAAGUGUUGGGUAAAGUCCGCAGUGCAGUGGGAAGCGCCCAACUCUUAAUGUCCCAGAAGUUCCAGCAGUUCCGGGGGCUGUGUGAACAAAACGUGAAUGUGAACACCAAUCCUCGGCCCACACCGCAGGACCUGGCCGGUUUCUGGGACCUGCUGCAACUGUCCAUCGAGGACAUCAGCCUCAAGUUCGAUGAGCUCUACCAUCUCAAGUCUAAUGACUGGCAGCCGGUGCUAUCUGCGACCGAGCGGUCACCCUCUGAGCGGAAGGACGAGGAGAAGGCGCCCACUCCGGCGUCAAGGAAGGCCGCUAAAGGACGGCCGUCGCUGGGCCGCGAGAAAAGCGCCGACUCCUCUUCCACCCCUUCUUCGGCUUCGGCGGAGAAGCAGAGGCAAGAGGCCCGCAGGCGUCUGCUGGCCGCAAAGAAGGCCGCCUCUUUCCGCCAGAACUCGGCCACCGAGAGCUCAGACAGCAUUGAAAUCUACGUUCCAGAAGCACAGACCCGCCUUUGAGGGAGACAGUGAAAGACAGGAAUGUAAGGUCAGAUUAUUGGACGGAUAAGUGUCACUGAAAAAUACCUGUUAAAGGGGAGAGCCAGGUGACACUUGGCCAAUGCGAAUGACAAGAGGUAUCGAGUUGGGAGAGGAGAGGCCAAAUACCUCCUUGACUGGGGUGGGGGUUGACUUUUAUGUAGGCUGGUCCUGAAGGCAUCAAACACAUAGAUAUUGAACUUUUGUGGACUUGUUAUGAAACCUGCCAUUGAAAACCUCCACAGAUUUACUUAUCAAGACACAAAAUUAAGUUAAUAAGCGUAUUUCCAUCACAUCCUCAAAGUAUAUUUGAAAGACUGUUUAAAAUGUUAUUCUAUAUUGGCUAUAAGAUCUAUUUAAAGGACACAGUUGAGCAUUUGUUUUGCUUUUCUGCUUUCCAUUGUUGUCGCCCUUCUACCCAGACUGGCCAUUUUGUAGCUUCGUACGACACCACCUUGUGGCCAACAUACAAACUACACAAGACCGACUUGCUUGCGUCUACGUCUUCCUUGCACUGUUUUGGUUUCUUUUUUGGUUUGUUAAGGCUCGACUUACUGUAGAUGAGGUUCUGAAUAUUUUGUCAUAUGACAAAAAGCCAAUUCUGAAGGGGUGUUUAUAUAGUUGCUAGCACGUAUGUGUCUGUCAAAUGGUUUUGUGUCAAAGAGCAGCGGUAAGAAUUUAUACAGGUUAGUUUUUCAUGCUUUUUAGUGAACACAUAUCUUCAUGUGAUGAGAAUCUCAAAAGGGUAUUUUCAGGUUGCGAACAUUAGUACUAACAAUUGCCACAGUUUGAGAUUUUUUUUAAUUUUAUUGUAAUUUUUCUUACACCUCUCUGUUUAAUAUUUCCCUAUGUAUGUUCGGGGCUUUUAGAAGCCAGGCUGGGUAUGCAGCAUAAUACUGGUAACACACAUGACUUUAGCAGUUUUUUUUAACUCUCUGCUUCUCAUUUUACAAUAACACAUUUUCUUCUUCACACUCAAGCAAAUUCAUCUUAUUUCUGUGCAACUAACCUGCCCUCUUUUAAUUUAAAAAAAAGCCUAUUUAAUUAAAAUAGUAAUUGCAUUAGUGGUUGUGUUUGCAUCAUUUUUUCCAGUGCUACCUGCUUACUGGAAGACUGCUCCAGUCAAAGAUGAGUUCCCUUCAUUCCAAUUCAUCUCAUACAUUAACAUAUCAGCAUCAGCAGCAGGUAGCUCCUGUCAUGCAAAACAAAACGAACGAAAUUAGAUUGCAAAGUUCAUUAAACUAGCUGUCACCAUCUGAUGCAUAAAACUCAUUUAAGACAAAUGUAAAGAUCCUUUUAGGGGUUUAAGUGUUCUGAGGAUGCGAGGUGGAAAGAUCUUCAACAAACACAGAUGUUACACGUCUUUCAGUCCAACCAAAAUCAGCACGUCAUGUGACAUAUUACAUUUAACACGUUUCACUUAAACACUACAAGUAUGAUGGCCCCCUCCUCAAGUCAACACUGCGAACAAACUCAAUUGUUUACACGUCUUCCAAUCCAGUUUUAUCUCUGCAGAUGGUAAACAAAUUUCCCCUGGCUAACGGGUUCAGACGAUGCUGUCAUUCCAUUGCUUUCUUUCUCAUCUGCACCUUCAACUGCAACCCGAGGCUUUGACUUGAAAAUAUCCCAAUGAGCACUUUUCUGCCUUUGUUUGUUGUUGGCUUUGCCUGCUGGGGAUGAGUGAAGGCCCAGGGAGUGUCAAUUGCCCGUUCCUGGGUGAAUGUCCCUUCCUUUUGACUGAGAUGAAUAGCAUCGUUAUCACCUCCACGUCUUUUGUUUGAGCUUAAAUCUCUGUCGUUGACUUGAUUUGAUUUCUCACUCGUAGGGAACAGUUGUCUGACUAGUUAUUUAAAUUGUCUUGGAAUAAGAAAAUAAGAACCCGAGCACAUCUGUCGGCCUGAGUUGAAGUGAGAUGAGCACAUAAACAUGACAGAAUGACAGUGUGUUGGGAAACAAAAUGGAUAUCUCAAAAAGAUAAUAUUGUGAUCUCAUACAUUUCUGUGAGGUCUCAUUCCAAUACACAAUUGGCUGACUGAUACAGUAUCAUUCGGACACACCUAUAGAUCUAUUUCCUGAGUGGGCUUAUCUGAGUUCCAAGAUGGUUUCACUUUGGGGUAUGUGCUUCCUGUUAAAGCUUUUGAUAUUGGUUUAAUCAAGGCUCCAGAUAUGCUUAAUUUAGGCCUGGGGUUGAAAAAUAGUAUUUUCAUUGAGCCCACCAGGAAAUUCUUUAAACAAACCAAGCCUUAGAUGACACAUACAUGAUGGCAAACAAUUUGUAUCACGUGUUGAUCAAUUCUAGAUUUAGGGAAAUUGAAAUGGAUUUAGGCAAUUGUGUAUUUUGACCUUCAGACAGGGACAACUGUGUCCUUGUUUUGAUUACACUUUUCAUUUCGUAAUCACGUGAAUGGUGACUGCAAUCAUUUGGCAACCGUAUUAUUACCAGAGCGAGGAAGGACGUGUUUAGUUUACCUCCAGCGCCCACAUACAGUAUUCCAAAGGCCUAUUGACUUGCAAGUUCAUUAGCAUCUUUGCUUUGUCCUACUGGGGUGAGGGGAAGAACGUCUGUCUCCCCACAAGAGAUUAUGUAGCAAAAACUUGUUUCAUAAAGUAAGCACUGAUAAGAAAACGGAUCUCUUCACUAUAAUUAUACGUCAAAUGUGUGUGACGCUUUGUUUUCCUUCAAAAAAAAAAACUUUGUCUCAAAUGCCACUCAACGUAUAUGUGCGGAUUGAUGUAUUUGAUAUUGAAAUGAUUAUUCUUAGCAUAUCCCUGCUUCUUAAAAUGAACCUGUGUACAUAAAUUAGAUAAAUGGAUAUCAUUGUUUACAAUACUGUAGCUCUAUUUAUACAAUUUAAAGUUUGUUCAGAUCAUGCAAUGCAUAUGGUUCAAUAAAAUGAUGAAUUACUUUCUCAAAA